AUUUAGUCUGUAUUCUGUAUAUAUACUUGUUCACAGGCACAAUAGUAAGAUUGGUAGGUAAACUGUGAGGCGAUGUAUGACGAAUGCCAUGAAAGAAUUGUCUCACUAGGAACAUCAACAGUGCAGUAUUCAAUGAAACAGUUCUAUGACGCUAACAAGAUUAUAAAUUUUAAACUUUGCAAAUUUGCUACAUAGAUAAUUAAAUUUUCAUUGGAAUUGAUCAAGGCAAGAGAAUCAUGAAGGAGUGUGGACAUUCUCAUAAAUGAACAUAAAUAAUAUUAAAACGGUUAUGAAUUUCUAAAAUUUCAUUCAAAGAAACAAUAGCAUUUAUUUAUGCUUGUAAUUGUUUUAAGUGAUCAUUUUUACAUUCAAAAUCUGGUUGCACACAAUUUUGUUUCAGUUUCUGUAAUUUAUAAAGUACAUAAUUUUCUAGGUAAGUUAUCUCAUUAAAUAUACAAUCAUGACUCAGUAUUUAUAAACUACAUACAGAUGUCACAAUAUGAAAAUACAAAAAAAGUGCAUGGACCACAAAACAUUAAACAAAUACAAUGCAGUCACAGUUACCAGCAACUCCUAGAAAAUUACCAGUAUUUGUAUUUCCCCAAAGUAUCACUUUUUUUUUAGACGAUCAAUCUACUCACAAACAAGUUUUAACUUUGUAUAACCCAUAUGAUUUUCCAAUAAAAUUUAAAGUACUUUGUACUGCACCAAAUAAAUAUAAAGUUGUUGAUCCAGAAGGAACCAUAAAAGCAAGAUGUUGUGUUGAUAUUGUUGUAAGACACACGUCACUCCUAUUAAGUAAUUGCAAUGUCACUGACAAAUUUAGAAUACAAAUGCAAGAACAUCCAACUAAACAGGCUAUAGGAAAAAGAGAUGUUGAAGCUAAAUUACUUCCUGGGACAACAGAUUCUGCUGGGAGAUCUACCCCAGAUCCAGAAAUGUUUCAACAACUUCCUAUAAAUGAAAGUAGACAACAACAAUCUUAUGCACUUAUAGCUCAAAAUAAAACAAUUGAUAAAUCUACAUUCAAGACACACAAAAAGUCAUUAAAGUCUGAUUUGUUUCAUAGAAGUAUUCAAGAUAAUAGUCUAUCCACAAAUAUAAAAAGUGCCAAUUAUGUUGUUAUGGAUAAAGGAGGAACAAAUUAUGUAGCAUUGAUUGCUGGAAUCAUUUGUAUAGUUGGAUUACUUUUACCUACAGAGGGAGAGCAGAAUAAUAGAGUGCCUGAUUAUCUCCAUCUCUCUAUAAAUUUUAAAUUAAUAUUUUCAUUUGUAUUAGGUAUGGUCACGAUUAUUAUUUUAAGGCUGUAAUUGUUGGCUUUGUUUAUGAAAAGAGACUUUAUACAAUCAUGGGACAAAAGCACAAUUCAUGGUAGGUUUCCUUGGCAUGAAACCAUUUUUUUGUUACUAAAUAUACCUGAAUCUAGUCUAUAAAGAAUUAAUUGUCACAUUAUAUUAUGGAUAAUGCUAAUAUUUAUUGACAGAUAUAAAAUUUUUUAUUCUUUUAAUAUAUACGGAGUUAUACAUUUUUCUUCAAGUUCGCGCUUUAUAGCCUUAUGUACGCGUUAAAUAAAUUUCUACGUAUAUUACAAUUGAAGAAAAAUCACUUUUUUUAGAUCUUACAAAUUAAAAUAUAAUGAUAAAAAAUGUUUACAUCCAAACUAGUACUUCGUUUUAGUUAAAAUGUUUGAUGUUUAAACGCAUUAUGUACAAAAUACCUUAUAAUUAUGUACACAUUCUAAAGAAACAUGAUGAUCUCGUGUAAAAAUGUAUAAAUAUCUUAUCCAAAAUGGGCUUCGAAUUUUAAGUACCUUUGAAUAAAAAUA